GUGGGGAGCAGGAAGGGCAGAGGCAGGGGCUGGGUGCAGGGGGAUGGCCGCCCGCUGCUCUCACCGCGCCGGCAGCCCUGUGGACCCGGCUCGCCCAUCUCAGCAGCGGAUCUAAGGUUCACUGAGCUCUCACCUUUGGCACCGCUCCCUGGGAGCUGCUGCCUGGCUUCGCUCUUACCUGCUCGGGCGCAGAAGGGCUCGGGCAGCCGGACACCACCCGAUGGCACGGACUGGAGAGCUGGGAGCAGAGCGAGGCUUCUUCGGGAAGGGCAUGGCACAGAAAGAAGCGCUGGGCACCUCCCCGGAGGGGAUUCAUCCAACUUACCCCUACAAGGUGGUUCUGCUGGGGAGCACAUCAGUGGGAAAGUCAAGCCUGGCCUACCGAUACGUGAAAAAUGACUUCAGGGAGUCACUGCCAACCGUGGGAUGCUCCUUCUUCACACAAACGCUCAACAUGGAGGUGGCCACAGUCAAGUUGGAGAUCUGGGACACGGCAGGCCAGGAGAAGUACCACAGUGUGUGCCACCUCUAUUACCGGGGUGCCCAUGCUGCUCUCCUUGUUUACGACAUCACCAACAAGGAAACACUCAACAGAACAAAGCUGUGGCUGAGGGACCUGGAGAAGGAAUUCCUUCCUGAUGAAAUUGUCAUUGCUUUGGUAGGCAACAAGGUGGAUCUUGCUGCUGAGCGAGAAGUCACUACCGAGGAGGGGGAAGAGUUUGCAAGGACCAGAGGCCUCCUGUUCAUGGAGACAUCUGCAAAAUCCAGCCACCAAGUAAAUGAUAUCUUUAUGGCCAUAGCCCAAGAUCUCCUGCAGCGGGAACAAGAGAAGGCUCGAGCCCCGUCCCCGCAUGGGAGGUCAACAGUCACCCUGCGGGAGAGCAGGGUGCGGACAGGGUGCUGCCAGCUCUGAGGACCAGCAGCUCUGGACCUGGAUGAGGCCUCCAAGAGGAGCAGUGACAAGGCAAGGGGGAUGCAGCAGGGCAGGGGCGGCUCAGCCUUGCCACCCUCCCGCUCUGAGCGAGGUCAGAGCCUACCUGACCCCAGCAUGGGGGUUCCUCAACUCUGGCACUGCCUUCAAGUAAGAGGUGAAGCACAGGGGUUUCUCCCACCACAUUUCUACUUCCAGAGAGGAGUGGGACCUCCCAGCACUGCUGCCAUCAGCCCCAACUGGUGCCUUCCCACCCCAGCUGCACUUCACACCUCCAUCUGCCUUCCCAUCUGAAGUGGGAGAGUUUAACUUCCCAGAGCGGAGCCAGUGCCUCCCAGCAGCUCUGCACCAGGCUGCAAAUAAAGAGAACGUUGCCCUAAA